UUUGCUUUUUUGCAUGCGGGCUCGCGGCUGCUUGCUGCUUCCUGUUGUCUCGUCAUCUUCCAUCCCCUUGUCCCUCCAUCCUGUUAUCCUUUUCCUAUCGUUGUCGUCCUGAUGCAACUCGCUCCCUGAAUACGAGUCUAUCUAGGUACUCCGCCCUUUGACUACCUUAUUAAAUUACCUGACCGCAAUCCUCCGAAAACGUCUGACUGGACCCUGUAACACAUGCAUCUCCACGUCCCUGUCUGGUCUCAGAUCAUCGCACAUUCAAAUCCUUGCCUCCGUUGAACCUGCGAAUCACUCAACCAUCUCUAUCAACGACUCCUCAUCCCUCUACAAACCUACUUUCUUCCGUAUACACCCGAGCCCUCCCUUGGAACGCACCUCUCCCCCGCAUUAUACGCUCUGGCAUCUGGCCUGACGUCCAAUGCUCGCGUGCUCCGAAUGAGGUAUAUUGCCGCGUCGACCAGGGAUAUGGCUUGAAGGUCGCAGUCUACCAAUAUCAUCAUGUCCUCUUCCCCGCCUCCGCCUCGGCGGUUCAAGCCAGAGCCUCUCGAGACCACCACUCGAAGAUCAAGACCCGCCAACGGCUCACCUCGCCCCCCCUCUUCAAGCCCUGGUCCAAACGAAUCUCGAGCCUCAAGUGCUGACCCGAUGUCUUCUCAAACAAGGCCUCGCAAGUCUCUUCCUCAACCAGUUGAGUCUUUCAGAAGCUCUCGUAAAAAGGACGUGGAGCAUGUUGAGGACAAUACACCGACUCGCCCUUUCACUACUCCCUCGGAUUCCGACAAAAUCUACAAUCAUCCUAAUCUUCCGGUUGCCUCAGGCAGCGACCCUCCUAAGCCGGCCAGACGCUUCGCCCCGGAACCGGUCGAAACCACCACACGAUCGUCAAGAAGAAAGUUCCCCCCAGAACCUAUAGAAACAAUCACGAGAAGUAGCAAAGACAAAGACACGAACCCAGAAGACCCUGCCGCCAAACCCCGGCGAAAGUUUGCCGCCGAACCUGUAGAGACAUCUGUCAGGAGCAACAAAAACAAAAACGUUGAUGAAGUGGACGAGACUCAAAGUUCACAUCCCCGUCGGAAGUUCGCUCCCGAACCUAUUGAGACUACAAAAGUUACCAGGCGCAGACGACAUACUAGUGACUCAGACGACGCUGAUGAGGAAGCGCCAGUGUCAGGGGAGUCUCUAGCAUCUAGCAGGACAUCUUCGGGGCCACGAAAAUGGCAUCCUGAGCUUCUGGAAACAGCCAAGGGGUCCUAUCGGAGAGUUUACCCUCCCAAGGAUACUAGUCAAGGCCGGCCUCCGCCGUCACCCUCAAUAAGCGAAGGAGAGACGGCAGAUGAGGACGUUGGCACCGGCGAGUCUCGAUUUUCUGCGGCUGCACUUGCUCGCAAACAGUCGAGUCAGAGCCGACAACAUUCUUUCCAAGUCCCUGACCUGCCUAUGAUAGAGUCCACGACGGAGGAUUCCGAAACGCCGUCUCUCAGCGAUUCACCAUCGUCAAUCGAAACAGAGCAUAGAAGAGAAGAUAACCCACCUAGGGAGCAGGACAGCUAUACUGAAUAUGUUCUCCGUCUCGCAGCCGAGACGGUAACUGAAGAAGAACUACAGCAAGCGGCUAUGGCUGCCUACAUCAACGAACGACCACAUGAACCUGUAGACCACUUCGCCUUUACUGACGACGAUGGGCCUUUACCUGUGUCCAAGUUUCAGGGCGAGGAGGGAACAGAUGCUCGAACAUUUCGACGAUCAUCGGCUGCAGAGUUAACUUUGGAAUUGGAGGGAAUGCGAAAACAUCAUGAACAGCUGGAAAAGGCAAAGAAGGGCUUGAAAGUGGAUACCGCCGGUCAAAGUCCCUUCAGCGCUGCAGCCCUUGCGAUGAGACACAGCAAAGAGUCCAAGGUGCUCCAGAAGACCAAGAAACCAAAACCACUCGAUGAGGAUUCGGAACUUGCUCGAAUGCGAGCUGCAGCAUCUCCGCCCAUGUUAGGCAACGAUCUAAUUUUCCCUUACACUAUAUCGCCGAAAAUGACCCGGUGCGACCCAGAUCAACCUCCGAGACCAAGGACCGCCGACAGUGAUGAUGAAUCCACGGAGGCGAUCAGCCCUCACCUGUGGAUGUCUGAUAAUAAACCCAGAAAUGAUGCCGACGGAGGUUUGUGGAUGGGUUUGUGUCAGGCCGGCAUGUGGCAGUCUCAGCCUUCCCAGAAUGGUUUACGCAGCGGUAUUCAAACGCCCCUGCCACAGACCCCGGCCACAGAGAAAUUCAAUCCCUUUGAUACCCUGACGGUCGGACGAGAUUCACUCACCCCUGGUCGUGGAGCCCAAACCCCUGGUCGACGACGCCCAUUGUCAGGCAUGUCCUUCCUACCGCUCACACCACCUCGCAGCCAGGAUGGCGAUGAAUUCACGAACACAAUCGACAAAAAGCUGCAGCUGGAGAAGCAGAUCGAAGACGAAUUUCCGGCACGAGUCAUUACCCAGAUCUACAAUUAUUUGAGUCUUGGAUAUCCCAGUCUUGCACAUAUGUUCGAUGAAGAGUUGAGCAAGAUCAGCAGAAUUUCACUCGAGGAGCUGCGGAAAGACGACUAUCGAGCAGAUGCCAAGGGCUACGUCGGCGCGCCGGAGGGAGACGGAUGCAAUGAAAGCGAAGUGGUCGGUGGCAAGUGCAAGCGUUGGGAGGCAUUGAGGUUAUAUGUGAAAGAAUGGGCAAGGCAGAGUCCAAACUUUGCAGAUGACAGAGCACGCGUCAUCCUCGGUGCAGAUGAAGACUGGGGUGCACGAGCAAGGAAAGGCAGCUGGGGUCAGUGAACCAAUUCUUGUUGGGGUUGUUCUGUGUUGGCAAUGCUGUACAACAUCGGAUUCAACAACAAGAAGGCUCCAGGCACGCGGGGUGGGAUUCUCUGGACAAUAUGAUGCGCCGUCGACUCGAAGAUUGUAUAGAGGAAGUUGGAUAUAUUACUGAAGAUAUUAUUCUUUGCCCUCGGAGGCUAUCUCGCAGCGGUGUGCUGCCACUGGAGGAGGAGGCGGCAUGAUCAAGGACUAGUGGGAAUGUCAUGUUACAGGCUAAUUGAGCCGUGUAUGUACAAGUACAUAUUUAGCAUACGCUUCGCAAGCAGAUAAUGAUUUGAUGAUUGCAUUGAUUCUGAAGACAUAGUUGAACUUCUG